AUAGCGCUGUGUCGCGUACAGUAGCAUCAAGUAUAUUAGUCGAACAUUGUCAAGCUGCUAUGCUCAGUAAUACUUUCAGUAGCGGAACUAAAAUAUCGACCACAUGCCUCAAAAAACAUAUAUGCUACUGAUUUAGCUCACCGGUUGCUACGUUUGCCGGGGGACUAGUUAGCUCAAGGUGGUCUCUGUCGGCAUUAGCUUGUGAAACAAUAGCCCGUUUAGUGCUGCUCUUUCCACAACCAUGGAGUUUCCUUUCGACAUUAACCAGUUGUUUUCCGAGAGGGUCUCCAUUAUCGACCAUAAUCUUGUUGGCAGUCCAAAAUCCGCGGGGAGAUCAGAUCUUCAGUCCCUCAUUGUAACUGUGGUUGACGAACUUGGCAGAGCCUCAGCACAGGCCCAAAAUCUACCUGCACCAAUAACAAGUGCUUCAAAGCUGCAGUGCCAGCGGCAUCAACUGUAUCUACUGAAGGAUGGAGAUGCCAAUGGGGGGAACGGUGCAAUUUUAGGAUACCUCAAAAUUGGAAGCAAGAAAUUGUUUCUACUCGACAGACAGGGUGUUCACGUUGAGGCAGAGCCAGAGUGUGCGUUGGAUUUCUAUGUAGCAGAGAGCAUGCAGAGAAAUGGUUAUGGACUUGAACUAUUCAACUUCAUGCUGCAGCACAAGAGUUUAGAGCCAGCACGAAUGGCAUAUGACAGGCCUUCACCCAAAUUCCUCUCUUUCUUGGCAAAACACUACUGUCUGAAUCAAAGUGUUCCACAGGUCAAUAAUUUUGUGGUUUUUGAAAGCUUCUUCCACAAUCGAUCAGUAACCCAGUUGAGAAAGUUGGUCCCCAAAAAGCCAGAGGGAGAGAUCAAACCCUACUCUUUAACUGGGAGAGAAGCGGUUCAUCAAGAACAAAAAAUGCCCCCCUGGCCAUUUACAACCACUCAGUCGGCAGUGUCCCAGAACUGCCACUCCCCAUCAAGAACACCUCGAUCCAUAGUCGUCCCUCCCUAUGGAGACAAUGUGGACCGGAACCUCGGGUCUCCACGUAUUGAACACUGUGGAGCCAGACGCAGCCAGCAGGGCCUUGUUGCCAGAUGCAGCUUGUACAGUCGCCACAUGGAUGGCUCCAGUGCUGACGUCCUGGACAGGUCUUCGCUUGGUCUCAGAGCAGCGGAGCACGCGUACACGUCACGGUACCUGGACCCACUCGACUGCAGUGGUGGACAUCAUGUCUUUAUGCCUCCUUUAGUUUUUAAACUGACCUGUCUUUGUAGCUUUGUUUAGCCAGUGAAUGAUUUCUUAACAGAUGCCGAACGUGGCCAAUGACCAUUGGUGACGAGGUUUUUAGAUAUGUGCUGAUUCAGACGUCAUCACAUGCACAUGCAGUAUUGACUCAUGUAACAGCUUCUUACUCCUAGUUGAAGCAGCUGCUUCAAGAAAUCUCAACAGCAGAUAUUUCAAGUGAGAGUCUUUCUUCCGACCUAGUUACACACUGUAACGUGAACCUAUGCGAUUACAUGUAAUUGCUGUAAACUAUAAGCCACAUACUGUAGAACCUCAAAAGGCUUGCUGUUUGGAUGCAAACUAGUGAAGGUCAGUCAGAGAAUUGUACAAUACAUGCAAAUCGCCAAGUGUUAGGUUAGUCCUGUGAUUGGCUAAAUUUCAUGAGCGGCUCAUCCAGCAUGGACGAAUGCAGCUGCAGGAAACAAUUGUGAAAAUAACACCCCCAAAUGUGCAGACCACAAAAACUGGACCCACUGAGUGAAAGGGCCUCAAAUUUUACUCUCUAAAUCUCGCUCCGAAUAUGAUAUGUUUUACAGAUCGAAAUUGCUCCUGCUCCCAGAUUUGGACUGUAGUAAGAGUGGUGCAGUCAGAGGUCCGACGUCUUUGAGCAAUGGACAGAUGCACUUGGAUCCAAUGGCUCAUGUCAAGUUUCCAGCCGACAGCCUCCUGCUCCAGCCCAG